AUGGGACUUUUUGAUUUUUUGCCUGGAAAAGAGAAGCCCUCUGAGCAUGCUACUAAUCGUCCUGCCGAGUCGUCUUCGUCUGGUGCUCCUCCUGCUGCCGACUUGGACGCUCCCCCUGCAUAUCAUUCAAUUAACGGUCACUCAAUUAAGACAAGUGCCGCCCACGAUGCUGCAGCAGCUUAUAACCACAUACAUCAAGGGGAUAACGAAGACCCUGCCAUUUGGUCAUGCAGAGGAUGUGGCGUAACCAACGCGCCAGUCCGAUACAAGUGCAUAUUAUGCCGUAGUUUCUCCCUAUGCUUCGAAUGCCACAAGAACCCAACGGAACAUCACACCAAACACGCACCUCACAACUUUGCGCUCGUGACCUCGGCUGAAGGCAUUUGGGCAUGUGACGGGUGCGGAACACGAGACGCGCCGCUGCGAGCCAAGUGCCGGUCUUGUCCCGAUUCGGAUCUGUGUUUGGACUGUUUUACGGGACGAGGUGUGGCGAAUGUGCAUCCUGCUCAUCCCCGGGAGGAAGACUUUACUUGGGCACUGUACAGUGAUGCUGUGUGGGAGUGUGAAGGAUGUGGAUCCAAGAAUGGAGAUUUGGCAUUCAAGUGCAGGAGCUGUCGUGAUUUGAGUUUGUGCCCCAAAUGCUUUGGGUCUGUUGAGAAACACCACAAACUUCACUCAAGCCAGAGUGACUACAUGCCAGUCAUUUCAUUGAACCGUUGGUGGAAGUGUGAAUCUUGCGGGACUCCGCAAGAAAAGCUAAUUGAGAAGAAACGGGCGUCGGUGCGCUGGGACUGCAAGCAUUGCGAGAACGAUUCGUUGUGCUCGAAAUGCUUUGAGAAAGUUGACAAGAAACACAAGAAGCAUCCUCGCUCUGAAGAUUUUGCAGCAGUAUUCUACCUAGAUAUGUGCGUUGAAUAA